AUGCAACUUGCCUUCCACAAGGCGCAAGGGAUUGAUGAUUACCUCUAUAAUAUGGGAGGAAUGAGUUUAAAGGCUCCUAUUGCAUUGCCUCCCAAGUUUAAGAUUUCCGAUGCGGAAAAGUUUGAUGGGACUGGAGAUCCAAAGCAACAUGUGAGGAGAUACCUAAGCAUUGCCGAAAUGAAAGGGCUAGAUGAGAAGCAAACUUUGCAUGCAUUUCCUCUCUCACUCACAGGUUGUGCAUCAAGAUGGUACCAUAGCCUUGAUCCAAGCAAAACUAAAGUGUGGAAUGAACUAGUGGAGUUUUUUAUGGACCAAUUCAUCUUUAACACCAUGAUUGAUGUGACUCUAAGGGAUUUAGAGACAACCAAACAAGGUGUAGGGGAGACAUUUUCCAAAUACAUGACUAGAUGGAAGACCAAGGCAUCUAGGAUGGUCAAUAGGCCAAAUGAGAAAGACCAAAUCAACAUGAUCAUCAAGAACUUGCUUCCGGCUUAUAAUAGUAGGCUUUUGUCAUUGCCUAUUAGCUCAUUUGGAGAACUAAGUGAUUGUGGGACAAGAAUUGAAGAUGCUAUCAACAACAGACAAUUGGAGAAAGGUGAAAGUAAGCCUCCAACCAAGAAAACAUAUGGAAGGGGAGCAACCACCACCAAAGCACCCAAUCUCGUAAAUGUGAGCACCAUCAUACCCCAACAAACACUAGCCUACCCAAAGAAAGCUCACUAA